CUGCACUUUAUCUGUUCCGCUCCCAUUCUUGGGUGGAGCUUCAUUGUGAUAGAAGAAGGUCUUUGCCUGCUCGAGCCAUGUCGCAGCACCCUGAGGGCCAUGUCUCCAAUCGCUUCAUGUGCAAAGAAUUGUCUUGGCCUCUUCGAGGACCUGGUUGAGCUUCUUCGGCAGCCUGCUCACCAAGACGAUUCCGGGAUCUCCGACACGGAGAUUACUGACGCCUUCGGACGAUUCAAAAUCUGGGCGGGAAACAUUGGUGCUUUUCAGCAAAUCGAUUUGAAAAGUUCAUUGGACUUUCGACUCAGAGACACUCCUAAGAUCUCAACUCAGAUCUUGGAGAUUCUUGAUGACCUAGCAGAGUCUUUGGAAGAUGCACGCUCCAUUGCAUCAGAAUCGAGAGAGAAUCGCAAAGGUGCUUCGUCAGCUCAUGUAGAGGAGACGCAAGAUGACACUGACGGCCCUCGAGUACAACCUGAAGAAGAGGAAGAGCUAUCCGAGAUUCGAGAAAUCUUUGGGUCCAUACAAGAUGCCAUCAACAAUUUGUUUCGCUACUCAAUAAUCAUUCGCAAUAAUACCAAUCGUGACCGUUAUGCGAAAGCGGCUGCUGCGGCGAUAAGUUCCCCAUUCAGCAACGAAUUUGAUAUUCAACAUGUCAGGCACAAAUUUCCGGCUUUGCAAUCAAAAGACCAUGAGUGGUUGAUCGAGCGAUUGGGAAAAGCCAGUACUCAGAGAAGGCAAUAUCUACGCUACUGUCGUUCUCAUCACGAUAAGACAUGGCAAGAGCCAUCAUCCAAAGUUGGUCCAGACAUCAUCCGGUCCAAUGAGCAAAAGCCGCAGGCUUCGAUGAGACUUAUCCCCAGCUCUCGAAGCGAUUUCUCAAAACCAACAAGCACCCUGGCGCCAACACAAGCAUCUACCCUUUUCUUGAAAGCUGGUCAGGUUAUCGAAGAGGAAGGAAUCGAAGAAUCGCAGUCUCAAACAUCGUAUACAACGUCGACCGAUGGGGAAAGCAACUACUACGCACUACGGGUCAUUCAGUUAGAAGAUGUGUCUAAAGGACUAAGUCAUUUUGAGUGUCCCUAUUGCUGGCAGAUUCAAACAUGUCGGAACCAGAAGGCAUGGAAGAAGCAUGUUCUAUCGGAUCUGAAGCCGUACGUCUGUACAUUCGAGGACUGUGAACUGAAGCUCUUUUCCGAUCGACAAACAUGGUUCUCUCAUGAACUGAAGGACCAUCGAAAGGAGUGGAAUUGCCACUUCUGUGCUCAUUUCCCGUUUGACAAAGCAGCCGCAUAUCACGCUCAUCUUACAAGUCAUCAUCCGCACGCUUUUACCGAGGACCAACUCCCUGCGCUCUUCGAGAUGAGCCAAAAACCACUUCUUAAGCUCUCUCCAACAGGCUGUCCCUUUUGCGACGAUUGGGAAGAUCGUCUGAGAGCUAUCAACUCGCAUAUUCCAGCGGAAGAAAGUCUAGUUGUCACACCGAGCCAAUUUCAGCACCAUGUCGGUGCUCAUAUGGUUCAGUUGGCACUAUUUGCUAUUCCAAGGGGUUACACCGAGGAGGGCGAGGCCGAUUCUGCCAACGCUAUACCACAAAUUGGGUCUGACGACUCCUCGCUUGGGGAUAAUCCUCCAGAUCUCGUGACCGCCGAGCAGUUCAGGAAAUGUGAAGACAUUUUAGAUGAGCUCAUUGAACUUGGCGGGUAUUCCUAUCAUUACGAAGACAUGCGCCAAUUCCAAUUCCCAACAUUUUCUGCGUCGAUUCCAUAUUUCGGCCGCACGGUCAGAGUGUCGCCGGUGGAUUUUCCUCAGAUAUCACAAAAACUUCAGACUGGGGUUUACUCGGAUAUCAAUGCCUUCUGUCUCGACCUCGUCUUAUUCUUCGCCAUAACUCGUCUCCGCAACAUUGGAGUUCCUCAAGAUCAUCAUGUUAUUAUGGCGUUUCAUCGAAGUUGGAGGUCUCUGGAAGGGAAUAUCUGUCCGAGUGAAGCUUUUGGCCUUGAAAAUCUUAUCUAUCAAAUCGAAUUGCAAAUACAGUGGUCACUUUGGAGAGCAAAUGAAUUUCCCCCAGAGUUGGGCGCGGACACCAGGGAAGUCUGCAGGAUUAGACUUCUGUUGAAGAGCGGUGGGACAGUCGAGAGGAGAUUCUCCAAGUCAGCUGCCUUGGAAGAGGUCUAUGCCUUCGUGGAAUGUUACGAACUGAUCAAGGAUGGAUCCCCUCUCCCGCAGGUCGAUGAACCGAUUGGAUAUACACCCGAGUACAAUUUCAAGCUAGGAAGUAUCAUUGCACCAAAAUAUCAUUUAGACCUUCAAAUGGGCACAGUGGGAGAUUUGUUAGGCAAUUUCGCAGAUUUGAUGGUUGUUGGUCUUCAGAAGGGAGAAGAAUCCCAGACGCUCUCCCGAAUAAAGCGAAGAUCUUUGUCACCUAUAAGCGAGCAGACACCUCGAAUCGACUCCACUACACCCAUACCGAGGGAUAACCAAGUUCCGACCUCGGGCAACGAUGAGCUUGCCAUGCCACAAUCUCCUGGCGCCUCCUCUACCAGGAACAGCGGUUCCUAUCCUGACCCAGGAGCCUCCACACUGCCCUGCAUUGAAAUUACUAAUGAUGAGCUUGCCUCCAUCGGCAACCUCAAAGGGGAAAGUAUCGAUCCAAAAAUUGGGACUCUAACAGUCCUUGUCCAUUUUGCAAGGAAUUUACAACCUGGAUACCGAGAUUCAUAUUGUAGAGUGUUGCUGGGUGCUGCUUGUAGAGUGACUAAAAAAGAUUCUCUUGCCGGGAUGAAGCAUUCCACUUCUCUGGGAGCACUGGUUCGUGGAACUUGAUGGGUCAGAACUUGGAAGUCCAUGUCCUCAACGGAGAUGGAACUCUGAUCGGCAACACCCCAACAAUCGAUUUACGGACUAUUGGGGAAAAUAUCCAGGAGCGUUGGCACAAAUUGUAUCGCGCCAACCAAAUUGCAGGAGAAAUCAGGCUAGGCUUGAUGUUCUUGAAGGACGUGCAACAAACAUCCGACUCCCCAACCGGGCACAUUGAUUCAGAGGAAAUGGCGAUAGGCAAUCUCGAUGGACUUGAGCGGAUGAUAAAGCAGGUUGAAACUAAAGAAUUCUGGGAGCCAGAAAAAGG